GGGUUAAAAGAAAAGUUGAUUUCUCACCUACCUAGUUAAGUUUACUGUCCCCUGAAGAGCUCUGAUUGGGUGGAAUGUUCUGCUCCCCCCUCAUCUUUCCCCAGGAUAGUCCCAUGUAGGGAAUGAGAUUAGUCUAAUGGCAUGGAUGUGGCAACCCUAAUCUGCCUUUGAAAAUCCUUCCCCCAAAUUUAAUCACACAUACAAAGCAGCCCUUUCCUUCAUGUAAGAAAAAUAUAUAUAUUAAAAAACUGCCAUGUACUAAUGAACUUUGUAAUGCUUGCUGAUUGCAAUGUGUCUUUUUUGUUUGGUGACAAUCGAAGUGGCUUAUUAAGAAAUAUUGCAUUGUCCCCAUCUCAAGGGAUUUGCAGCUGAAGCAAUUAGAAGGCUUCCUGAAAAGCUCCCAUAGAUCCGUCAACCAAUGGAAGUGUAUUUGAACUGUAAACAGAAGCUGAGGUUACCAUGGUAUAUUCUUCUGCCAACCAGCAAUUGCUAUUCUUGGCAAAGAGUGUGUCUGGGGAAACACACUGUUUCUCUGACUCCUUGGAGCAAAGUAACUUUCCCUCAAUAUGGCUUUUCCAAGUCCUUUUUCCAAGGCAAAGGAUUUGGAUCCUCAAAUUCACUCGAGGAGCAGGUCUGGAAGAAGCCCACUUGUUACCUCCCAGAACUUCGGGAAGGCCUCAAGCAAAAUCUGUGGAGAAGAGCAUGAAGCUCUCAAGAGGGACCAGGUCCAACAAGACAAGAUCUGGAGAGAGGCUGUGGAGGCUGAGAGGAAGGCAACCAAAUAUUGGUAUCAGAACUGGAGUUUCCUAAAGGACUAUGAUCCCCUGGGCAAGAAAAAAGUGUCUGCCCAACUCCCUGAAUAUAUAUCAAUAUUUUCGGACAAAAUUCCCAAUACCACCAACCACGUUAUUGGCAGCAGAAUGAACACUGAUCUUGGUAAAACACUGAUAAAAAUGGACUAUUUCCUCAAUUAUGGAAGAAGAAAAACAAAAACUGAGAAAGAACUCCAGCCUUCCUAAAACUAAAUAGAAAUCUUGCUGUUAAAAAAGUGCUCAUCUGUACUUUCUGAAAUAGGAUUGAUGUAAAAAACUUUGUACAUUUACCCUUUCAGACUUAAUUCUUCUGCAAACUGAUCAGCGAUGAUAUUUAGCAAGUUAAAGUUGAUAGCAAAGUUUGCUAAUAUUAUCCUUGAACAUGGUCAUACAUAAACACUAAUCUUUACAGUUUCAGUGUUUAGAAAAUAGUGGUGCUGCAUCCCAGUCUUGAAAGCAUAAACUGCAUGAGGUUGUAUGGAGGUCCAUUUUCUUUUUUUUCAUUCUGUAGAAAAACUGUAUUUCUUCCACCAAAAUUAAGCCUGAAAUUUUAUUGCAGUUGACAGGGCUGACCUGUUUAUACAUUGCAAAGGCUUAGCUGGUCAUUAAAUGUAUCUAUUUGGCUUUUGCAUAUGGAUUAGGGGCAGGGUAGAAGGGAGGCGUU